AUGGACUCUGAUAACGGGGACGAUUACAAUAACGACCCUCACCCCGAGGACGAGGAGUUCCCCGAAUGCAGCCAGGUCGUCCCACCCAAGACCAAGAGCCCUUCCUUCCAGGUGAUCGCGAGCGAAAGUCUUCAGGCUGUGUGGCAAGAAGAUGUGCGUAGAGUUAUGGAACUUCUAUCUGUUAAGAAGAGUCAGGCAAGAAUGGUGCUCAUUCACAACCGGUGGGACCUCGAGAAGGUGUAUGCAAUGCUGGCCGAGAAGGGGGCGAGCAAGUUGUUUGCAGAGGCAGGAGUUUCGAUUCCCAAAGAAGAUCGAUCUUCCCAUAAUAAUCCCGUCGCAGAAUCUAGUACAAGAUACUGCAGUAUUUGCAUGGAAUCCAUGCCGGAGAAUCACAUGACAAGAAUGGAUUGUGGCCAUUGCUUUUGCAAUAAUUGUUGGACUGAAAAUUUCAUCAUAAGCAUUCGCCAUGGAAAGAGCAGACGCAUCAGGUGCAUGGAGCACGAAUGCAACUCCAUCUGCGACGACUCCAUCAUCAGAAGUCUCGUCAGGGAAAGAGACAUCAAUUUAGCGGAGAAGUUUGAGCGGUUCAUUCUCGAAUCCUAUAUCGAGGACAACAAGAUGGUCAAAUGGUGUCCGAGAAUCCCACCCUGUGGGAAUGCGAUCCGGGUAGAGGACGAGGAUGAUAUGAUCUGGGAGGUCGAGUGCCCAUGCGGAUGCCAAUUCUGCUUUGGGUGCUUAUCGGAGCCCCACUCUCCCUGCACAUGCUCGAUGUGGGAAAUGUGGGCUAAGCUCUGUGACAAGUCGGGGACUAGUAAUUGGAAAAAAGAGAGCACGAAACCCUGCCCUAAGUGCCACAAGCUUACUCAGAAUGAUGACGGGUGCGACAUCGUGGUCUGCUUCUGUGGGAAGUCAUUCAGUUGGCCCCAUGCUGGAGCCACGGGAAAAGAGCACGCAGGAACUGCUUUUGCAAAUCGCAGCAGCGGCCCUGACAGGCAAGAAAACGAAGAGAAAUCCAAGAGUGGAGGACAAGAUCGUCGCCACUUCACGUAG